AUGUGCAGCAUGAUGGUAUCUCGAGAAUUGUUCAAUGUACCUUCAUUCAUUCAACCCCUAGUGGGCUCUGAGAUACGAACCGUUGAGAUGCACACUUCGGGUGAAGCGGCGCGUAUCCAGCGGUCACUGGCUCGAUCACAGUAUGAUCAUCUCCGCCGCAGCAUCAUUUACGAGCCGUGCAGCCACCAAGACAUGUAUGGAGCUGUAUUGAGACCACAUACAGAGCUGGUAGACUCGGGAGAGGCUCACAUGGAGGCGUUAUUUCUUACACACGAAGGCUACGUUGUUAUGUGCGGUCACGCCACCAUUACCCUCGGCAGGUUUCUUGUCGAUUGUACCGACGAAACCAUUUUCCCCCGGCGCAAAGACCUGCAGUUUGACAAAGACGAGAAGCAAGUUGAAUUCCGCUUACACGCCCUAGUCGGACUUGUCUGUAUGACGGUUCCUAUUGUCGAGGUAAACGGGUUCUGGCGAAUGGUCACCAGCCGUCUGAUUACAAUUUUCUCUGUACCCACGUUUGCGACCGCCAUCGAUCUUUCCGUUUCGAUCCCAGUAAGCCUGCGCUGGGCAGAGUUGGGUGACGACACACAUGUAACCGUCGACGUUGGUUUCGGCGGUGCAUUUUACGCGAUUGCCCCCGCCUCUGCGUUGGGGUUCCCUGCUUCACUGGCCAAACCCGAUAUCCCAGCGCAGCGCUUAAAGUUCAAAGAGGCUUUCAAUGCUUCUUCUGACCUCCGGGCUCGUCUACAUAAUCCGGACGACGAAAACCCGCAAUACUUAUACGGCAUCAUGGUCACGGAUACAGGUAGCAACGACGAACUUCCCACAACUCCUGGUUGCACUGGGGCAGAGACGGGACUCUAUUUCUUUGGCGACCAGCAGGUCGAUCGUAGCCCAACUGGAUCCGUUGUACAGGCGAGAGUGGCGUUGGCCAUGGCGAAAUGUCAGAGGAAGCUGGACGAGUCAUGGACGUAUCACAGCCUGGUGUCGAAAGCUAUAGGGGGCUACAGGAAUGCUUUUGUUGGUAGGCCGGUACAGGAGCUAAAGGUCAGCAGAAACAAGGCUUGGCGAAUUGAGGUGAGCGGACAGGCUUCCUACAUUGGAACAAGCACAUUUAUCGCAGAGGAAGACGACGAUAUUGGCAAAGGAUUUUCUUUUCGGUCGCUAGGCAUAUAA